AAAAUAACCAAUCAAUGUGUUGGUUACCCCCCCCCUUGUUUAAAAUAAAAAAUGUAAUGAAUUCGAUGAGUGAUAAUCACUUGAAACCAAUAUUUAUUCAAUCAACUGAAUUAGAUUAUUCAUUAACUUAUAAUGGACAAGUAUGAUUUAGAUGAGAUUACAUUAGAAGCCGAUAAAAAAUGGAAAAAUAUAUUUGGAAAAUUUAAUAUAAGUUUUAGAAAAUCUAAAACAAAUACAAAUCUUUAUAUUAAUGAAAAUGAUAAUAAACAAAAUACAAAUGAUAGAUUUUCCAAACGAUUUAGUAAAUCAUUCAGAGAAUCUAAAUGGAAGACAAAAGAUUAUUUUACUUCAUUAAAAUGUAAUAAAGAAAUUGAAGAUAAGAAUAAACAAUUCAAUUGUGAAAAGCCUGAGUCAUGCAAAGAGACAAAUUCAAUGAACUAUAAUCCGUGCUUUCAACGUAGAUCUCAAAAUCGGUUUUAUAGUAGUAUGUAUAACCGCAAGUGCACCUCUGCAUUAGUACAAAAUUCAAAAUAUUUAUUUGGAUCUCAAGAAAUAUCGCCAAAGACCAAGCUAGCUCAAUAUGAUGUGAAUAUGGAAUUAAUGAAUAAAUUCCGAAGACUUGAAAUACGUGAGUUGGAAAGAGAACCAGUUAAACGAAUAAAAGAAUCUAGAACUUCAGAAAAAUGUAUACAAACAUCACUAAUCGAAGAGCAGACCACUUCAAAUGAGGAAAUGAAAGACGUUACUAGCGAGCCAUCACCAUCUUCACAGUACUCUUCUGGUUACGUGUCAGAAGUAACAAAUUUAUUGAGUUCCCCAAAUUCUCUUGGAACACCUGAAGUUGUAGAAAAGAACAAUGAAAGUUUUGUGAGUACUCCAAAUAAACAUCAUGACGUUGAACUGCUUACAACUCCAAUAAAUAAAUCUAAUCAGCCUUUCGAUAACGGAUGUUUCAAAAUACCACCACCACCACCACCACCACCUCCGCCCCCACCCCCACCUAUGUUUCGGCCACUCACAUCAGCUUCAAACUCUCUGGCCUCCACUGUACCUGAAUCGCCGAUGCCGUACAAUAUGAAGCCGAAAAGAACGUUUUCUGCCCCUUAUAGGCUGAAGAAAGUCUGUGUAUCUCCGUUGAGCAAAUCUCGUUUGAAAGAAAAUUCUGUAUGGGUAUAUAUUGAUGACAGUGAUUUACUGAGUGAAGAAUUCGUCCGUCAACUUCAUAAAAGAUUUCGGAUCAAAGGAAAUAAAGCAAUGUCAUCAGAUAAAUUGGAAAUAGACUGUGGGAAUACUGUAACAUCUUUAUUCAACACACCAGGUUCAAAAACUAAUCAAGACCCUCAAUUAUCAGUACAUUCGAGUGCAAAUAUGUCGAUAAGGAGAUCAAUGCGUUUCGGAUCUCAGAGUCUUGCUUCUCGUACUCAAACAUUGGAUCUAUUACCAGUGAAAGCAGCUCAGUCGAUAGCCAUAGCUAUGGCAUCAGCUCAUUUAAAUCCAGAAGAUGUCGCUCGAUCUAUUAUUGAGCUAAAGACAACAGUUAACCUUCGUCGCAGUAAAUCCUUUCCAAAUGAAUAUACGAAACAUAAAAGUGAAGAUAAAUCGAGUUUCUUGACUAGUACAACCUUGUUUCAGCCGAUACCUGACACUUUGUUAGAUACCCUUAUCAACUUUAUACCUCCGAUGGACAUAAUACUGAAAUUGUCUGAAAGUCAAUUGGAAACCUCGAAUCUCAUUGAAGCGGAGAAACUACUUUACAUGAUUUCUCAACUUCGCCAUCGGCUACCUGCUCAUCUCCAUGCUUUACGAAUGCUUAUCCAAUUUGAUACAACUGUUGAUCAAUUAAAGCAAGCACUUUCAUCUGCAUGUAAAUGUCUUUCCGAGAUAAGACAUUCUAAUUCCCUCUGUCAUGUCCUUUCAUGUGCGCUAGCUUUGGUUAAUGCUUUAAAUGCCACUAGACAAUGCUCAGUUUAUGAAUCUAGUCAGUUACCAUCUGAUCACUCAGGCCUAACAGCUUCACAAGGAUUCGUAAAACGUAAACCUUUUCUCGGCUUUGAAGUUAGAAAUUUAGUCCGACUGGCUGAUACUCGUGAUAUAACUAACCAAAGGAAUUUAAUACAUUAUUUAGUAGAACUAAUGGAACUCAAUUUUACUAAGGAAGCUCAUUCAUGGUUCAAUGAAAUGCCUACGUUAGAUGCUGCACAAAGUUUAUACUGUGCAAAAACAAUUGAAGAGAAGCUAGUCGAAACGAAACGUGACGUUGCUCGUUUAGAAAUAGAUUUAAGAGGAGUUGGUGGAGUCGCAAAUUCAAACAACGCGGAAUGGGUUAUCAAAUCUAAUUCAGAUCCCAAGUCAUAUGCUUUUAAAGCAAAUUUAUCUUUUGGUUUAGUGGUGGGACAAUUUUUAGCUCAUGCAAUGCAAGAAUUAAAGUUACUGAGUGAAUUACACAAAACAUUUACCGAAAGAUAUAACGAGGUUGCUAAUUAUCUUGCUUUAGAUCAAGCAAAAUAUACUGCUGAUGAACUAUUUAAUGAUCUGAAAACAUUUCGAGAACUUUAUCGUAAAGCAUGUACAUCGAAAUAAAAUUUUGAUCUGAAAAUUGUCAUUAUGAAAAAUAAUGUAUCAUAUGUUUGUAUUAUAGUGAACUCCAAAAGUUAUUUUAUUCACUGUAUUGUGUAUACAAUUCCCUAUUUUGAACUUUUAAAGCCUAAUGAUCACAUGUUAAUUACCUUUUAAGUUUAUUCAAAUAAACUUUUUAUCUAUCACAUGUAAUAAUUGUGAGAACAAUGAAUGAAUUAAACUAAAAUAAUUGUUGAUUUUA